AUGUGGCCGCGUCACCGGAGGGGGGCCGGCACCUGCAGAGGACGUGCCUGGCAGCCGCCCCAAGAACAGCCCGUCCUGGGGGGUGGGGCGAGCCUUGUGCACGGGAACUGGAAGGUGGAGGCUCAGGGGACAGGGGUCUCUCGGGCCUGUCCAGGGCUGUCUGAGGACCUGCUGCUGGUCUGGAACUCCUGGGAUCAAGCAAGCCGCCCGCCUUUGUGUCCCCAAAGUGCUGAGGGUGUAGGUGUGAGCCCGGCUGCAGUUUUUAAUUGUCUCAAGCCUUGGUUCCUUAUCUGUCAAAGGCCAGCUGAAAUCUACCCAUGCCUUCCCUACGUGUCAGAGUAUGUGACGCCCCACUGUGAUGGAGAACCCUACAUUUCUAGUGGGUUAAGAUGCAAUCAAACUUUAUUCCUUCUGCCCAACACAGGCAAUGCCGAGGGCAGAGGGUGGUUCUCUCCUGGGGGCCCAGCCUCCAUCUGGCCAGCAGAGGGCGCAGAAGGACUGCCUAGGCGGCUGGGACGUGACAGCCUGGAAGUGGUGAGCAGCGUUCUUGAAAACGUUCCCGGCCAAAACGGGUCCCGAGGCCCACUUGUGUGCAAGAGAGCUGGGAAAUGUCUUUCUGUGUGCUCCGAGGAGAAUGCAAAGGCUAGUGGAUGUCCUGCCUUUCCUCUGCUGCAGAGGCGCCCCCCAUUUGCAGGAGCUGGGGCACUAGCACAGCACAGCCCACCCCUUGGGACCAGCACCCCCCCAGUUCUACUCUCUGCAGCAACACAGAGUACAAAUAUUGUUCCUUUGGUUUCUUUUUCCCCUUUGGAUACAUUUUAAAUGACAAAAAUAGAGCUCGAUGGUUGCACCCAGACAGAUGUUUGCUUCUGGGCUGGUUGGGUUGCAGGACUGGGCCCCCUCGCAGAGCCUGGAACUCCCAGCCCCCAGCUCCUGGGGUGCCUUCCACCAGGUGUGUCCCUGGCUUGGGCUGGCGGGGCACAGUCCCCGCUCCUGGGAUGUGCAGUUUUAAUAAGCUACUGGGUACCACCCUUGAUUGAAUUCAGAGGGACAGACUUAGAGCAGGUCACCUCUCGACUUCUAAAGAGGCCAAGACGGGAGGAGUCCUCACAGCCCCGAGUUCGACUCUGUAAUUAAGCUGGUAAAGUGGAAAAAUAAAAGCAGGGAACCUAAGUGGAAAGCAAACCAGAAAGCCAGGCAGCCGGGAGCUUCUGAGCCGAGCCUGCUUCCUCCCAGCUGUGCGGCCUCAGGGGCCGACGAAGUCUCUUUGCUGCUUUUGCUGCUUUUCUAUAACACAGGGCGAGGCAGCUACACCCUCCGAGGGGUGUCACUAGGGCCAGCGGGUCUGGAUGUUUGGAGUGUGGGUGUCUGAGGGCCACUAGGUCACUACCCACUCUGGCCCUUUGCUCCUAGUCUCUGGGGAGGCAGUGGUACAGGGGCAGGGGCCUGACUAGACCCUGCCUCUUUCUGCUCCCAGGCCAGUUGAUAUGAGCCCUGCUUCAGGGGUUCACAGGGCCUGCGGAGCCUUCUUCAGCUUCUCUGUUUUCCUAAAAUAAAAAUUGUAACAUCUGUGCUUGUUGUGGGAAACUUGGAAAAUGGUGCACAGAGAAUAUGAAAUCGACAUAAA